ACAGUAACAACCAAAGAAGAAUAUUCAAACAGCGAACCCAAUUCAACAAUUCAACCCAUUGGACCUACCACAAUAUAAUAAACCGCCACAAUGCCCAAGUCGAAGCGUUCCAAAGUCGUCCACCUCACGCAGGUCAACAAGAAGACCCGCGAGAACAAGGAGCGCCUCUUUGAGAACAUCCGCGAAUGUAUCCCACUGUACCAGCACUGCUUCAUCUUCGCCGUCGACAACAUGCGCAACACAUACCUGAAGGACGUGAGACAGGAAUUAUCCGAUAGCCGCCUUUUCUUCGGUAAAACAAAACUCAUGGCCCGCGCCCUCGGCCACAGCCCCGAGGACAGCUACGCCGACAACAUCUACAAGCUAACCCCCUAUCUCCGCGGCACCGUCGGCCUAAUCUUCACCAACCGCCCACCUGCACAACUACUGCCAUACCUAGAAUCUCUAGCCGGAGAGAAAGUCGACUUCGCGCGCGCCGGCGCAGUUGCACCCAGAGACUUCGUAAUCCCGCCGGGAACCCUGUACGCGACGGGCGGCGAGGUGCCCGCCGAGCACGACGUCCCGCUGGGACACACCCUAGAGCCCGAGCUACGACGUCUAGGCAUGCCCGUGCGCAUGGUUAAGGGGUGCGUCGUGCUAGAGGAGGCGCUCGAGGGGGCACGCAAGGAAGAGGGGUACGUGGUAUGUCGGGAGGGAGAUGUGCUAGACUCGCGGCAGACGAGGCUGCUGAAGUUGUUCGGCGUAUGCAUGAGCGAGUUUAAGAUCAAGGUCGUCGCGUACUGGAGCGCCGCCACGUCCGAAGUCACGCCCGUGGACCCGGAGGCCAUGGACGGCGUUGAGGACGAGGGAAGCGAUUAAGGCGAAACAUGUCUCUAUACUCGGUGUUCCUGUAGUUUUUCUCCUCCCCCGUAUAUAUUCUCGUAUGUGCAUUUACGGCGAUACCAUGGUUGCUGGCGUUUUUUGGCAGAGGCAAAAAGAUAGGGGCCGGAAAGGUUUCUCAUGAUUGAUUCAAGUUUUCACUAUUUUGCUAUGCUCGCAUUAGCAUUGGCAUGUCAGGCUUAUAUUUAGGUCGAAAAGCAUUAUAUGAGUCGUCAUCAUCCAAGACGAC